CCCUCGAAACAAAGUCUUCAAUCUACAGAAAAAUUCAGUCCUCGCGUCAGUAAUAAUUUGCCGGGUCAUUGUGAGAUUUGUUAAUAAACAUGGCAGGCGUAGCAGGGCCCAAGGAUGUUAAUUCGUUUUUAAGUCAAAAACAGAACACUCCUGACAAGGAAUUAGCAGCUGAAUGGGGCCAGCUGGAGGAGUUGUACAACAAAAAGCUUUGGCAUCAACUCACGUUGAAGUUGGAGACAUUUGUCAAGCAUCCCUCCCUCCAGAAGGGGGAUAAUCUCAUUCAGCUGUACAAAAACUUCCUCUCGACAUUCGAAAACAAGAUAAAUCCAUUGUCUCUAGUGGAAAUACUGGCUCAUGUGAUUGAGCAAUAUCCGGACAAGAGGGAGGCCAUCAAGUUCUUGGAGGCAACAGAGCCCAAGGUUGAGAAGAAUAAUGAGGCUGUUUCACUGUGUAAAGUACUCGAGGGCCAGAUACUCCUUGACAAACUCAAUGACCAGGAGAAGACGAAAAAAGUCAUUGAGGAUGUCGAGGCCAUGCUCGAUAAUGCUGAUGGGGUGACCACUGUUCAUGGGAGAUUCUACCUGUUGGCGAGUCGAUUGUACAGGCUUCAGGGGAAACAUGCUGAGUAUUAUCGCACAGCCUUGAGGUAUUUGGGCUGCAUCGACGUAGAAACCCUCACGAAACAAGAGAAAGAGCAGCACGCGUUCUUCCUGGGUCUCGCUGCCCUCCUGGGUGAAGGGGUCUAUAACAUUGGAGAACUGUUGGCACACCCUGUGCUCCAGUCCCUCAGGGGAACCCCCAAUGCCUGGCUCGUCGAUCUCCUCCAGGCGUUCAAUGCCGGGGAUAUAGCAGCUCUCGAGAGACUCAAGCCCCAGUGGUCUAAAGUUGCUGAUCUAGCCGCCCAGGAAUUGAAACUCAGACAGAAAAUUUCACUCCUCUGCCUCAUGGAGAUGACGUUCAAACGUCAAUCGAAUAACCGCCAACUGUCAUUCUCCGAGAUCUCCCAAGAGACUCGUCUCCCAGUCAACGAAGUAGAGCUCCUAGUAAUGAAGGCCCUAGCCCAGGGUCUCGUUCGUGGAGCCAUCGAUCAAGUAGCUGGAAUCGUCAAUAUGACUUGGGUGCAGCCCCGAGUUCUCGAUCGCACACAAAUAGCUGGGAUGGUCCAACAACUCGAGAGAUGGUACAAGGAUGUCAACAUCAUGGAGCACCUCCUGGAGUCUAGGGCCUCUGAAAUCCUCACCCUUUAAACUCCAUUGAUUUCCUUUUUUCUAUUGGAUUUAAACAACUACAUCUUUUUUUUCACUGAAAUAAAUAUACGAUUGUCACACGUUGAUACACUGCAAUUGAGAAAAAAUUGGUUGCAAUUAUCUUUGAAGUAAUAAAAAUUGUACAAAUAAUGAAA